AUGGCUGCUUCUCGAUUUGCUGCUUCUCGUAAUAGAACACAUAGAAACAUAAGUACAAAUAAUUUCCAUCCAUCCGAAAUCAAUUCUUUAAAUAUAGAUAAUGAUAAUAUACAUGUACAUCAAAAUAUAACAGAUGGUUUUAUAAAUAAUUAUAAUCGAUUUAUAAAUGAACGCUUAAGAGCAAUCAUUAUAGUUAGUAGUUCGGCAUUAACAUUUAUGAUAAUAGUCGUUAUUAUAUGUAUAAUUAGAACAUAUCUUAAAAAUAAUUAUCCAAUAUCUAUGACAGUAACUGAACAAACAACACCAUUGAAUCCAUCAAGAAAAACAAAUAAAACAGUAGGAUUUUCUCAAUCAAAUCGUGAUACAAAAAAUUUUUCACGUAAAUCAAGGACAUUACCAGUGAAUGUAUAA